UUUAUAAAUUUGCAUUAUUUGUCGUGUGUGACAUUGGCGAAAUGGCUUCAAAAAUACCAGAAAAAGCGUUGCAUUUGAUUAUAAAUGCCCCGAGAGUUACAUUAAACAGCAUCAAGCCUUUACCGGACUCGUACACACUUAAGGUGAGACAAAGACGAAGUCGAGCUAAAGGCGGACAGAGUGGUCGAGGUAACAAGGGUCAAGGCCAGCGAAUGACCUUGCCCAGACUGGGCUUUGAAGGAAACAACACACCGUUCUACAUGCAGAUGCCCAUUGAACCAUACUAUCAGAAUCACCACUUGCGAAGGGAAUACCCACCACUAUCUCUACACACUCUACAGAGAAUGAUCGACCUAGGUCGUUUGAAUACAGAAGAACCUAUAGACCUUAACACGAUAUGCAACACGGGCAUCUAUAAGAUUAAACCGAAUGACAAUGAAUAUGGAAUCAAUCUAACAGAUGAGGGAGCUGAUCUUUUCACAUCUAGGGUGAAUGUUGAAGUCCAGUGGGCAGAAGAAUCGACCAUCGCAGCCAUUGAGAGAAAUGGUGGUAUGAUCACUACACGUUUCUAUAACCCAGAGUGUCUGAAAGCCGUUAUAGACACCCAGGACCACUUUAGAAAGGGACUCCCCAUUCCUCGCUGCCCUCUUCCACCCCAGGAUGCGUUAGAGUAUUACAUGAACCCAGAAAACCGUGGAUACUUAGCUGAUCCCAGUAAGCUUCAGGAAGCCAGAUAUGCGUUGGCCCAGAAGUAUGGCUACGAGGCCCCAGAUUAUUCCAUGGACCGGAACCCAGCUUUGUUCAAGAAAAUGAAAGAUCCGAGACAAAUAUUUUUUGGACUGAGUCCCGGAUGGGUUGUUUGUCUGAAAGAUAAGGCCAUUAUUAAGCCGAAGGAUGAAGAUUAUAUUCAGUAUUAUCAAUCAUGAUUAUAGAAUGGACGAGUUCUUUAGAAUUGUGCAUAUACAGUCGAAACUCGAUGGCUCUAUAUUCUAGGGACAGGCCAAAGUACUUCGAGCCUCGAGAAUAUCGAGCCAAGCGGGAUUGCUUACAGAAUGUUAUUUUUUCAUUUGUUACAUAAAGUCUUAUUUACCUCGUUUGUUAUUGGCUACGCUAUCUCCGCAAGAGAAGGAAGAGUAUUUAUUGGGCAUAGGUACGCACCCUAAAUUUCGUAAUAUGACUUAUUCGAUUAUUAGAAAAUAUCAUUUUAUUUUUUAUUUAUAAUAAAAAUACUUUUAUGCGAAAACAAGCAAUUGUAAACAGUGGGUAACACAAACAUAGCUUAAAAGUUAUAUCAAAAUGCAUAGUAAUUUUAGGGAUGGAUAGCAAUUAGAGACAUAACUUAAAAGUGAUGGCAUGUUUAUUCAAACUGUUAAACCAUUUAAAUUCGACAAUAAUUAUAAUAUCAGUCAAGCAAUUUUAAUCGAUUAGCGCCUUGUGCUAAAUGAAGCCAAUCAAACAAAUCAAGGCGUGAGAUUCUUAACUGAACCCGCGAAAAUGACAUCGACCCAAGCAACCAAAUCAAAGUGUGAAAUUCUUGUUUGGGACCGCGAAAACCACUUCGAGCGUGGAGAAAUAUCGACCCUCAGGAUAUCGAGCCAUCCGAUCGAAAUUUAUAUGAACAAAGAGUAAAUAAAAAUUGGUCCUUUUAAUUUGGUUCGAGCCAACGAGGAUAUCGAGCCAUGAGAUAUCGAGCCAACCAGUUUCGACUGUAUUCAUCAUGUUCCUAUUUGAUGAGAUUUUAAAAAUAUGACAGAUGCAGAACAUUGGAAAUUAAACGGGCAAUUAUUUAUUUAAAGAUACAUUGAUCUAAUAGUUAUCUUAAGAUUGUGUAACUUACUUGUUUAAUAUUGUCUACCUCUUUUGAUUAAAUGAUAAUGGAAAAAUAUCAUGAAAAACUGUGACACUAUCAGUUUAAUGUGCAUUCUUAUAUGCCUGUUUAUUAAACAUGCAUACUGGCAGGUGUAUUGGCGUUUCCUUGUCCUGUAUGUUGUGUUCUAUAACUUAAGUAGCCUUUGUCUAAUCUUUAACAAAUUUGUUGGACAUGUUUAAUAACCAGCUGCAGUGUCAUAUUGCUUCUGUCACUCAAACGUUGUCGCACUUUAA